UACUUUGUCGUUCUUCGUAGGGUUUUCCUCCGCCGUUCGUAAAAGCUUGGAAGAAGACUAAAGUGGUGCAAAAAAUGGGCCCCAAGCGAGGUGGAAAGGUGGCCGUCCCAGCCAAGAAGAAACAAGAGAAGGUUGUCAAUCCAUUGUUCGAGAAGCGUCCAAAGCAGUUUGGUAUUGGAGGGGCUUUACCUCCAAAGAAGGAUUUGCAUCGGUUUGUGAAGUGGCCAAAGGUUGUCCGCAUUCAAAGGAAAAAGAGGAUCCUUAAGCAGAGAUUGAAGGUCCCACCUGCAUUGAACCAGUUCACCAAGACUCUUGAUAAGAACCUUGCAACAAGUUUGUUUAAGUUGCUUCUCAAAUACAGGCCAGAGGACAAGGCAGCCAAGAAGGAACGUCUCCUGAAAAAGGCCCAAGCUGAGGCUGAAGGAAAAGCCCCCGAGUCUAAGAAACCAAUUGUUGUGAAAUAUGGACUAAACCAUGUUACCUACCUUAUUGAGCAGAACAAGGCUCAAUUGGUGGUUAUUGCUCAUGAUGUGGAUCCGAUAGAGUUGGUGGUGUGGCUUCCUGCUUUGUGCAGAAAAGUGGAAGUGCCUUAUUGCAUCGUCAAAGGGAAAUCACGUUUGGGAUCGAUUGUCCACAAGAAAACUGCUUCGGUCCUGUGCUUGACCACAGUCAAGAACGAGGAUAAGUUGGACUUCAGUAAAAUCCUCGAGGCAAUCAAGGCGAACUUCAAUGAUAAGUACGACGAGUACAGGAAGAAGUGGGGAGGUGGUAUCAUGGGAUCCAAGUCACAGGCCCGAACCAAGGCAAAGGAGAAGCUUCUUGCAAAGGAAGCUGCACAGAGGAUGACUUAAAAGAUCACCAUUGUUAUCCUUCCGGUUGUACUUUCAGUUUUGUUUUCGAUUUUGUUUAGAUUAAAUGGUCCUCUUUUUUAAGUAAAAGCUGCAAUCAACUUUCAAACUUUAGUUUCUUUUCUUUUUUACAGAGGAAUAUUUAUAGAUUUCUGUUUGAACUUUCGAAAUAACUUUCUAGCUACUGUUUUGAUGAAAAUUUGUGGGCUUAUAAUGAAAAACUAUCAAUUAUGCGGUUGAUUUAA